AUGUCCUCGACACCAACUCUUCUUUUUCGUCCAUGGGGCCUGGCACAGCCCGGCCUGUUGGAGCAAGGUGACCUCGCAACUGCAGCACCAGGGCUUGAGUUCUGCGGCACGGAGGAGCCGGUGGAAUCUCUGGCUGGAAGCAUUAGCCAGGUCCAAGAGCUAAUAGCGUCUGAGACUGCGCAGGGGAACAAUGUAGUUCUUGUCAAUCACUCGUUCGGAGGCUGCGUGGGCAGCAGCUCCGUGAAAGGAUUCACCCAAAAAGACCCCUCCAAGUUGAGUCCUGGUUCCGGGAAAGUGGUGGGAAUCAUCCAGCUUUGCGCCUUCACGCCUCCUUCCAAGACUACGCUAUAUGACAUCAUCAACCUCGAUACGUCCUUUCAUCAUUCCGGCCCUGAUGGAUGGGAGUUGAUCGAUCAUGGCGAACCAACCGACCUCUUCUACAAUGACCUCUCCCCUGAAGAUGCGCAGCUGUGGAAGGGUCAACUACUCAAGCAUUCGACUGCUUCCCUGAAGGACCGGGAAAGUGUCUAUGCUGGCUGGGCUGAUGUCCCAGUAUGGUACCUUUUGUGUACUCGGGAUCAGGCUAUCCCAGUUCAAAUACAAGAGAUGAUGGUCGCAGCAGCACGAGAUGCAGGGGCGGACUUCACUACUAAGUCCUUGGAUUCUUCACACAGUCCAUUUCUAAGCAAACCCAAUGAUACCAUUGAGUUUAUUCUCGAAGCUCUGGUAGAUUUCAAGGCGAAAUCGUCUAGGUCUUGA